AUGAGCGACUUCCAAGAACUAAGUGCUAAGUUCCGCGUUGCCGCUGCUACCAAGAAGCGCGACUUUAAGGCUACUAAGGCAUCCUACGUCUCCGUCGCUGCGAAGCCAGCGAAGAAGCGCACUGUCAUUCCGCAAGCUCACACUCGCACUAGUAAGGGUGCUAAGCAGGUCGAUAAUCUGCCGGACCCUCCUAAGUUCGAUAAGAACGACCCGUUCGGUAGUCUUGGUCAGCCUGGAACUAGCAGUAGUAGUAGUAGUUUCAGCUUUAACGGAGCAGGCGGUAGUAAUUACGGCCUUGACGGAGCAGGCCUAGGGCCCUCUUACAUCGACAACUCCGGCACUCUAUCGAAGGCCCUCGCUCGCCGCCUUAACAACGCCUCCCUUCAGCAGCGCAACCGCUCCCUUCAGCAGCGCAACCCCUCCUCCGCACUAUUCCGCAACCCAUCUUCUACUUAG